AUGGGCGAGGAGCAGAGCACGGUGAGCGGCGGCGGCAGCGGGCCCCAGGAAGUGAGGGUCUCUGCAGGAGGCGCCGCAGGCCACUUUGAGCCCCCACGACCACGGGGGGACAGCGCCGGGGCGCACAGGUCGCUCGCCGACUCCGCGGAGCCUAGCGGAGGCAGCUCGGGCUGCACGGAUACUAGCGCCCCAGAGCCCGCGUGGAGCCAGGGGACCCAAGGCGGGAGGAAGAGCCAAGCACCAGGGCAGCCCGUGGGACUAGCACUCAGCAGGCCCCUCAACCCCCAGACUUUGCAACAGCAACUGGAGGAGGAGGGGGAAGCUGAGGACCGACCCGGAGGGGAUGGACAGCAUGAGGCGCCCCCCAGCGAGCAUCGGGAGCCCAAGACCCGUGCCCAGCUCCCCGACGGGCUGGUCCUGGACGUGCUGGCCCAGCAGCGCCCAUCGCCAGCCAAGAGACACGUCUUCUGCUCUGUGUACUGCGUGGAGAACGACCUGCCUGUGUCCCUCACCACCGAGCAGCUCUCGCCACCAGAGUCGCCACCUCGGGCUCCUCCAUCGGUGCCUAGUCCUGCCAGUGCCCUCUCCUCCUUCCCCAGCCCCAGGCUGUCUCUUCCAAACGACCCCCUUUCCCCCGACGGCGGCAGUAUCGAGCUGGAGUUCUACCUGGCACCCGAGCCAUUCUCCGUGCCCAGCCUGUUGGGAGCUCCACCCUACUCUGGCUUGGGCGGGGUAGGGGAUCCCUAUGCGCCCCUCAUGGUGCUGAUGUGCCGGGUGUGCCUGGAAGACAAGCCCAUCAAGCCCUUGCCCUGCUGCAAGAAGGCCGUGUGCGAGGAGUGCCUCAAAGUCUACCUGAGCUCCCAGGUCCAACUUGGCCAGGUAGAAAUCAAAUGCCCAAUCACAGAGUGUUUUGAAUUCCUGGAAGAAACAACUGUUAUCUAUAAUUUAACACAUGAAGACUCCAUCAAAUAUAAGUACUUCUUGGAACUUGGCCGUAUUGAUUCCAGCACCAAGCCAUGUCCUCAGUGCAAGCACUUUACAACUUUCAAGAAAAAAGGACAUAUUCCCACCCCUUCCAGAUCAGAAAGCAAAUACAAAAUCCAGUGCCCCACUUGCCAAUUUGUCUGGUGUUUUAAGUGCCAUUCUCCUUGGCAUGAAGGCGUUAAUUGCAAGGAGUACAAAAAAGGAGACAAAUUAUUGCGCCAUUGGGCCAGUGAAAUUGAGCAUGGACAGAGAAAUGCCCAGAAGUGUCCAAAGUGCAAGAUUCACAUCCAGAGAACUGAAGGAUGUGACCAUAUGACUUGUUCACAGUGCAACACUAAUUUUUGUUAUCGAUGUGGGGAGAGAUACCGCCAGCUCCGUUUCUUUGGAGACCACACAUCAAACCUCAGUAUAUUUGGAUGCAAAUAUCGCUACCUCCCAGAGAGACCUCACUUAAGGAGAUUAGUUCGAGGGUCUGUCUGUGCUGGAAAAUUAUUCGUUGCACCUCUAAUCCUGGUUUUGGGAAUAGCACUAGGGGCCAUAGCAGUUGUAAUCGGUUUAUUUGUGUUUCCUAUCUAUUGCCUUUGUAAAAAACAGAGAAAACGAUCACGGACAGGUAUGCACUGGUGAAAAGCAGAUGAUUGCAUCUGAGCAGUGCUGGUCCGGGUAGGAGCUAUGCAGAAUGGGACACCCAUGUCUUGAUCACAUCUUGAAAAUCACUGAGAAGAACCUUCUGCCAUCCUGUCUCCCAGUGGUUCUCUGCAGGCCACAAUGCCUCUAGCUAUGGUGCACUCCCAACAUGGUAUCCUCUCACUUUCCUUAUACAGAUUGCUGCUUUAAAAAAAAAAAAAAAAAUGGUCACUUUCAUAGACUAUAAGCAUCUGUAUCAUAACUUUGACCUUCUUCAUGGUUCUUUGAAGAAAAUACUUACUUAAGAACCAGUUAUCCUCAGAAUUCUUCUGAACACACCUCCCCUAAGCAUUGCUUGGACUUUGAGCCCUGAACCUCCCUCCAUGACACUUGGUGUGAAUAGCUGAAGUCUCAUCUGUACCAAUGAGCAAGGCCACUUUUCUGAAGAUGAAGGUUCACUACAUGCACCUGUUUUCAUCUGUGGCCCAAGCAGUAUAAUCCAUUCAUCUUCAGAUUCUGUAAUUGCUAAGUAUCUCAAUGCCCAAAGGGGAACUAGAACUAAAUCAAUGAAAAGAAUCAUGAGUUGCUGAAGUCUGUACAUGUAAGGGUGUGAAUGUGUGUAUAUAUAAAUAUCUAUGUUAAAACUAGGCCGAUAACCAUGUACUUUUCUAGUUCCAUGCCUCUGCACUACUUUUCAUAUUUUAGUAGAGCUAUUUAAAAAUUGAUGGUUCCUUUGUGGGCAUAACUUGGUAAUGUAGUGAAUUAAAGUCACUGUAGACAAC